AUGUCAAAGGCAGACCUGGACGUCGGGACCGGCCUAGUCGGUGCUCCGGCUUGCGGCGACGUGAUGAAGCUACAGAUCAGAGUCGAUAAGAGCAACAACACCAUCAGCGACGUCAAGUUCAAGACCUUUGGAUGUGGAAGCGCUAUUGCCAGCUCAAGUUACCUGACCGAAUUGGUACGAGGCAUGACGCUGGAGGAAGCUGGAAAGAUUAGAAAUACAGAGAUAGCAAAGGAACUUUGCCUACCUCCAGUCAAGCUGCACUGCUCCAUGCUUGCAGAGGACGCUAUCAAGUCUGCUAUCAAUAACUAUUAUUCCAAGAACCCAGCUCCCACCGACCUCUCUGGCACUGGCGCUUCCAUCGCCGAUGUCGCCGCUCAACCCGCCACUCCUACCCCAGCUAGUUCGAAUUAA